AGAAAAAUGGAGCGCUUUAGGCUGUGGAGGUGUUUAAUACUCCUGCAGGUUUAUAAUUUGUAUUUGGUUGCUGCGUCAGGCGAUCAGUGGAAGAAAUACAGAGACAAGAUCUCUGUUGCUGUAAAAAGUUACACUCCGUGCAAUCCUGUAAACUGCAGCUGCUAUCUCAGUGUCUUACAGCAGGACCUGCAGCCCUUCAGAGGGAGAAUCUCUGAGGAUGUCCUGGCUGCGACAGUUCAGAGAGGGGUGGGCACCCACUACCAGAUCAUUGGACACAAGUUGUACAGAGAACACAGCUGUAUGUUUCCAUCCAGGUGCAGCGGGGUGGAGCAUUUCAUCCUGGAGGUGAUCGACAGAUUACCUGACAUGGAGAUGGUGAUCAACGUUAGGGACUACCCUCAAGUCCCAAACUGGGUGCAACCCACUUUACCCGUCUUCUCUUUCAGUAAGACAGCAGACUAUCAGGACAUCAUGUACCCUGCGUGGACCUUUUGGGAAGGCGGGCCUGCUGUGUGGCCGAUAUACCCCACUGGACUUGGGAGAUGGGAUCUGAUGAGGGACGACCUUAAAAAGUCUGCAGCACAGUGGCCAUGGAGGACCAAAGAGUCCCGAGGAUUCUUCAGAGGCUCCAGAACGAGUCCGGAGCGCGACCCGCUGAUCCUUCUGUCCAGAGAGGCUCCAGAGCUGGUGGACGCAGAGUACACCAAGAACCAGGCCUGGAAAUCUGAGAAGGACACACUAGGGAGACCCCCUGCCAAAGAAAUCCCGCUGGUGGAUCACUGCAAAUACAAAUAUUUAUUCAACUUCCGAGGGGUGGCAGCCAGCUUCCGCCUCAAACACCUCUUCCUCUGCGGCUCUCUGGUGUUCCACGUCGGGGAGGAGUGGCAGGAGUUUUUCUACGCUCAGCUGAAGCCCUGGGUCCACUACAUCCCAGUCCAGCAGGAUCUCUCUGACGUCAGGGAGCUUCUACAGUUUGUCAAAGACAAUGACGACAUUGCAGAGGAGAUAGCAACAAGGGGUAUGGAAUUCAUCCUCCACCACCUGCGGAUGCAAGAUAUUUCUUGCUACUGGGAGAGGCUGUUCACAGAGUUUGGUCAACUUCUCACCUACAAACCCAAAAGGAAGGACGACUACGACCAGAUCCUCCACAGAGCCAGCAAGACCGAGCUGUGAGGAGGGGGAGACUCUGGAGGAGCGGGGCAUUAAAGGGAAACUCGACAUGCUGCACAAAGACAUCUGACAUGCAACAGUGGUGUCUGUACAUCCAAUAACCACCAGGGGGCGGUGUGUACACCAGGUGUGAAACAUCGCUACUCACUGGUUCAUCAGUUUAACUACUUGAAGAGUUUAGUCAUUUUUCUACACCCAAAGAAUCUUCUUCUCUCAGAUUAUGAGUCAAACUGUGAAAACAGUUCACUGUAGUGUGGCUGUGAAGGGAAGUAAAAUAGUGAUGUCAUCUGGGUUUAUCUUGUUUUUUAAACUAUAUGUUUGGAUUUUAGAAGAUAGUGGAGAGAUUUUGCAAAUCAAAAAACACAACAGCAUUGCUUUCUGGGAAAUGUAGAUUCAUGUGUGCUUGAAACUAAAAUGUUACGUUCUAUUUGCCCCUGCUGCUUCAAAUUUGGCCUUUACAAAAAAACAACAACUUCAAGUGACUUUAUAGAAAUUAAAAGUAGGGCCUUUUUUUCUUGUUUGGGUUUUGUAUUAGGCUUUUUGUCAGUGACCCACAGGGAGAGAAUGAGGCUCCACAAAUGACACUGAAAUCAGGAGAAAACAUUGAAAAAGCUUCUUCAGGUGUAAAACACUUAAAUCUCACCAAACACAAGUGUGACUUUAAUUUGCUCAAAUAUCCAUGAAGGUUGUGCCAGUAAUAAUAAUAAGGAUACUGGUAACAGAGGCCAUGCUGUUACAUGUUUAAUGCUGUGAAAUAUAAUGUGUGCACAAGAUAGAAUUUCAUUAUUUAGCCUUUUUAUACUAAAAUGUGACAAAUUUUCCUUUAAGGAUUUAAAUCUGUUGUUAAUGGAAGUGCCAUCACUAAUAUUCAAUACGAUAGCCUUUUAGUUAUUGUUUUUUUUUAUACACUGCCCUCCAUUGGAUAGUUUCAGAAACUCCAACUUGCUUUUAUCUCUUCCUAACCCGUCAAACUGAUGUACUGCUUUAUAACUGGAAAAGAACAAAGGAAUUCUUUAUCUUUAACACUAAGUGCCAACAGGAAGCAAUAAUGUCUCCAGCAUAACAUGUUUUCAUUUUGAUUUGAUCUAUAUGUAUUUUUUUUUUUAAGAGUCUCCCUGGCUGUGCAGAGUUGAUGUAAAGUUGGUACAGGGUAUUGUUGAAUAUGUUGUAAUAUUCUCACUGAUGUAAAAUCAUUCAGUAAUCUUAAGACAUGUGGUUAUCUAGUUCAUUAGUAAGUUGAUAUGACCAAAAAGCUUGAUCAUGUGCCAGGUCAACAUGGGACAUUGAGGUUGUUCACUGGCUUUUUAUGUGUUUUUGACAUUAAAUACUUUGGUUCAUUUA